AGUUUGGAGACUCAGAUCUGAAUAUAGCAGCAGCACACACAUCGCUCUGAAAACAGUCUUUAAAACCUCCACUCCCUUUACUUCAUGACUUGUACAUUAGUGUAAAUAGAUACUUUCUAUUUUUAUAUAUAACAAGACAACAACAAGAUGGAACUUAACUCUCUUUUAAUUCUGCUGGAGGCUGCAGAGUACUUGGAGAGAAGAGACAGAGAGGCAGAGCACGGUUAUGCAUCUGUGUUACCAUACAUGAGCGACUUUUCCAGUAAGAAAACGAAAGCCUCGCCAAUAUCCAGAAAAUCUCAGAACAAUAGAUCGUCGCACAACGAGCUGGAGAAACACAGACGUGCCAAACUACGGCUGUACUUGGAGCAGUUGAAGAAGCUGGUGCCUUUGGGUCCAGACAGCACGAGACACACCACACUGAGCCUGCUGAAAAGGGCCAAGAUGCACAUCAAGAAGCUGGAGGAACAGGACAAGAAGGCGUUAAACACGAAGGAGCAGCUGCAGCGAGAGCACCGCUACCUCAAACGCCGCCUGGAGCAGCUUUCUGUGUCCGGAUCCGUCGAGCGCAUCCGCACCGACAGCAUGGGCUCCACCAUCUCCACCGACUCCGAGCAAGAGGUGGACAUCGAGGGCAUGGAGUUCACCCCUGGCGAGGCAGACAGUGUGGACAGCAUCAGCGACGUUGAGGAGGAGGAGUUGGAGGAGUUGGAGGAGUUGGAGGAGGAGGAGUUGGAGGAGGAGGAGGAGGAGGAGGAGGAGGACCACUACAGCCUCCAGAGCAGCUCCAGCGACACCAGCUACACAGCCACACAUUCCCACAGACUGCAGCCGCACCACUGUUAGACACCGCGCGGCCACCCAGCUUCCCUUCCCCUCACUUAUACCCUCCCCACGACCAUUUGCAAUCGCCAACGCCGCCCGCUACCUACAUCAGACCGGUCCACGACGGCGGUACACCCUGAACCUGUUCCUCCUGUCCUGGCCCCGGCUCUCCAGGAAGCAUAUGGGGCUGAAAUGCCACUCAAGCCUUCCUGACCCCCCCUGACCACUGACCCUACCUCACCCUACUGUAUCCUGCCUGAACCUGACUCGCCCGGCCCUCCCACUGCCCUCACCACCCCACACCUAGUGUCGCUGCAGGCUCAGAGCGAGCAAAGCAGAGUUUGUGCUUUUAAUGGGGACUUUCUUUAGUGUGGUGGAGCUUUGACUUGUUAAUCAGGGUUUUGUAAAGUGUGCGUUUAUGUGUGUGUGUGUGCGCGUGUGUGAGAGAAAGAACAAGCGAGGGAGGUUAAGAGAAGUCAAAAACAAUAUAUGUCAUCUCCAUGAGGCAAUAAUAUGCAGACGAGGCUUUGUGAUGUAAAAGGUAAAGCACUUCUGCAAUAUUUGCAACAUUUAAAGUUGAUUACAUCACACAGUAUCUUCCCUUUACACAAUACGAUUUACAGGAGUAGCUGUUCCUUGAAACGUUUUUAAAAAAA